AUGCUAUAAAGUGAAUCAGUUUAUGUUACUUUGUUCAGAUUACUCACAUUCAGGUACCAGAAAAGAGCAUACAAAAUAUGAUCAAUAUUAUGCAAUGAGCAAAGCCUACAAUCUGAGGCAUACUUCCAUGGUAAAAACUCUUGCAUUUCCCCCUCAUUACCCAUCAGCAAGCAGAUGGACAAAAAACAGAAGGAAUGGCUUGCAGAAAGAGACAAUAGGGAGAGAAGGUUAGACAGACAAGCAGAAAAUGGAAAGGUAAAAAGCAUUCAUGAAUGUAUGUACGGCCCUCAAUGUAAAUUGAAAGAAGCAAAGUGUCAUUGGCGGACCAGGCCAUUUGGGUACAUAGCCACGCAUCAAGCGGGAGGUUGGGUGGCAAAGGUCACAGGGCGACUGGGAAGAACUAAUAAGGAGGGUGGAGGUGUCAUUUGCUUCAAUCAGUGAAGUGGACCGAAACUGUUGCCUAGUCCCAUGUCAUCAGGUUUGUUGACAGAAAGGAGGUUAAGAGGUGGGUGGGUGGGGAGUGCGAGAGAUGCAGUCUGUUGAUGAAAGGGAGGGGACCGCAUUCUCGGAACGCCAUCCACUCUUGUCGUGGGCGGGUAACUCGACUUGUGAUUGUUGCGCUCACUUUACAGGCCAUCUGUUUGCAGUCGGUGGACAGAAUACCGUUGCCCCUAGCAGGUGACGUGCGGAUUCCCUUUCAACCCUUUCUCCUCCCACCCCCGAUUCGCCAACCCCCCCACUCCACUCGUGCUUUCGUUCGAUGUUCAAUCAUGCUCGUGUGGUUCACCGAUAUCUGAGAGUAGAACAGCUGCGCGUGUUUUGAUAGGGGGUCGGGUCGUGUGUAUACGUCACUGUGCACCCCCACACACACAUACAUACACACCCUCCCAAGAAUUUAUUUGCACAUUUACACACAUACAGCUAACACGGGGUUUUUAUGGGGGAAUGGUGGCUGGGAAUGAAAAGUUGGAAGGAGAGAAACGACGUGCACAACGAAUUUGUUUGAUCCCCUUUCUGGACCCGCGCGCGGUUCGGGGAACAAAAAAGCGAGGCUUGUAAUCCGUGCGGUGAAUAGCGGCACCGAGUGACUCAACACACGUAAGGCGACACGCAGCAGACGACAUACAGCGUCUCCUCGCGCCCAGCCGAAAGGAUUCCUGCAGGAAUCAGCCACCCCAACAACGGUUGUUGCUGGCUUUUUAUUUAUUUUUUUUUUUUUUUAAUGCUGCGACCCGCCACCUGUCUUGAAGUUUGCCGGAUCUGUCACCAAGCGUUCAUGUAGGAGACUUUUGGAGCCAAGAGCCUCCUGUUUGUCCGCCCCUGACAGCGGGAAAUGGCUUCCUUUACGUUGCUAGCAGCAGACGACUGGUCACCCGACGGCCUUCCAGUUUGAAUCUGGAGCCAUGCUCAGAAAAUGUGCAUGGGAUCCAAGUCUACUCUGGAAAGAUUGCGCAAAAUUUUCAGCACUGUUCGCUUUAUAAGCAAGCUUCGGCCGUGCCUAAGUGAGAGUUAUUUCACUAUCAAGGGGGCAGCACUCAUUCUUCCUCACAAUGACUUGGCACGCAAGACUUCUAAAAGAAACCAUGGGGGAGAAAUACAGCGACAUUUACAGUCUAUGUUGUAUAUUCUGCGGCCGGAAGACAAAAUCAAAGUGGCCAUCAGAUUGGAGGGAAUGCGGGAAGGAGAGCACCGAUACAUGGCUCUCGUAUCUACAAUUGGCCGUCAGGAUACUGAAGAGUCUGUCAUCUUGGGUCUAGACUGCGGCACCCCUGGAAGUUCAGGUACCCCAUCACCAUCACCAGUGUCACCUGUGUCACCAGUGCAGACAACAGAAGCAGGCGCAGUGCUGCCUGGACAUACCUGGUUGCACAGUGCCACUGUUGGCUUGGUACUCCCAAUCUGGAUGGGAAUGAAAGCUCGUCUCAGUGGUGAUGGAGGGUUUAGUAUAUCAGUGGAUGACAAGUCCUACCUUUUUAAACCAGUCUCAGUACAAGCUAUGUGGUCUGCUAUACAGAGCCUUGACAAGUCCUUCCACAUUGCCGAACAAUUGAAAUACCUUCCUGAGGGACUUACGCAUACCUGGGUGGAGUACUACCGAUCCAAAAUGGACUUUACAGAUCACAACCGUCUCAGUAUAUGGCACCAAAUGGAGGAUGUAGAGGUUUUUGCUCCAUCUUGUUUAAGCUAUAAGGAAGAGAAUGAGAGCGAGAAGUUGAAGCUGGUAAUAAGUGCUAAGCUUAAGGAGGUUAUGAUGUCUGUAGACUUGGAUGAAGCUACAAGCAAGUUUCUACGUACAGAAGUGGAGAAAGCACUGGGCAUGAAUUUAGAUCAGUACCUGAACUAUUUUGAUGAGGAAACUCUGCGCAUCUUGGGGCAGAUGGAUGCUCCUUCACAGAUACUGGACUUUCUUUACCUAGGAUCAGAAUGGAAUGCUUCUAAUCUAGAAGAACUACAAAGACUUGGAAUCAAGUAUAUUUUGAAUGUUACUCGUGAGAUAGACAACUUCUUCACGGGAUUGUUCCAUUAUUGCAAUGUUCGUCUUUAUGAUCAUGAAGAUUCGGAACUCAUGAAGCACUGGCUAAAAACCUACAAAUUCAUCAACAAGGCCAAGAAACAUGACUCCAAGGUAUUAGUGCAUUGCAAGAUGGGUAUCAGUCGAUCAGCUUCUACCGUUAUGGCCUACCUUAUGAAAGAAAACUGCUGGCCCCUUGACAAAGCCUUCACCUUUGUGAAGGACCGUCGAAGCUGUGUUCGACCUAAUAAAGGAUUCAUGGAACAACUUCAAACCUAUGAAGGGAUUCUCAAUGCAAGCAACAUGCGCAAAGUUUUUCUAGCAGAAUCGGAACAGAUGUUUGAAGACGAGAGUGAGGAGGGAGAAAGUGAAAGGAAUCAACAGGGGAAUUUUUUAGGAGACAGUCUCUUUCAAGUGAUGGUACACUCAGACUGGCCCCAAGGGGAGGCCACAACUGAAGAGACAACAUUGCUUCGGAAGAGCUAUGACAAUAAUCAUGAAUUUUCUGGGAUGGAAGCAGACCUUGAAACACGCAGUGCAGAUUCGCUGGAAGAAUCUGCUGCUGACAUGUCAUUUCCAAUGCUAGACUUUACAUUGCAAGCAGAUUCUCCAACACUCAGUGUUACUUCUGCUCCCGACUUUGGAGGAGAUGGCAGCACACAGACCAAACUGACAGCUCAGAGGUAUGGAGAUGCCCCAGGCUGGCCUGGUGCCAAAGAGGUCCAGUUGACAUCUAGAAUCAGGCCGGACCAUUCCUGGAUCAAGCUGGAGUGUUCAGGAGAGUCUUCAACUGAUAUCACCCUCUCUGAACCUGGGGCGCCAGAGGGGAUGGCUCUUCAAACAGAUUUGGUUUUAGCAAGUGCAGCAGAUGGAUCACCAUGUCACAGGCUGUUGCCACCCAGCAGUUCCUCAGGUAGAGUAGCGUCUCCGUCCUUGGGCAUUUCCAGCAGUAACUCUCAGGGCAGCAUGAGGUUGGCAUCUUUGGACGAUGCACACAAAAUUAAACCAGACAGUUCCUGGAUAAGACUGUAUUCUCCUGGGGAAUCAUCCACAGAUGUUGAGGAGAUGGACACAACAGAAGCUUAUCAAGAAGAUGCAAGUACUGGGGAUGUGGGUAGAAUAGGGAGCCUCCAGGACUCAAGACCUGUACAGUUUGUGCUGGGUGAAGAUGAAGAGAUGACCCCAGCUGUCUCAUCACCACUGAAAAUUUAUGCAGGCGGCAAGGGAGAGGGUGGGGUGUUGGGGGUGGACAAGAGUACAGGAGAGACAUUGGGGCCAAGAGACAACUCACAACAAGUGCAAGGGGUUGAGAUGGGGGUACAACAGUAUUACUCCAGGGAACAGAUUCCAUGGAGCAAGGGCAAAGUGCGGAACCUUCUGAUAGGUCUGCAGCAGGGAGGUCAGAUGUUGGCAGUGUCCACCGAAGAAGGUCAGGCAGGACUCAACAACCGACCCCACCAAGCCAGGGAUGAGGAUCCUUGCUUUUCGGAGUCACUGGGAAUGACAGACAUGGCCCCAAUGCAGAUGCUGCACUGUCAGAGCUGCAUGGAGCUUUCCUAUAGUCAGUCAGAAGCAGUGGAUCUCCAGGACCGACCUAGCUCAGUGAAUGAUGAGCAAGAAGAGAUUUUUCCAACACCUGGGACUGUUCGGCGAACUCUGCAAGAGAUUGAGGAGAGAAACAGACUGCACAAAGGAGAGACCAUCUAUGGGAUGAAAGGAGUGCAGAGGUCAUCAAGUUUUAAAGAAGGUUUAAGCAAAAGUAGUGCACACAAUCGGCAGUCAGAACGACGAUGGACCUGUACCCCAAUUCUGUCUCCUGAUCAUUCAAGUGAAGACUUGGAAGGACAAGGGUUUAUGAUAGCCACUGCCCCAGUGAAUCUGGGUUUAACAACUGUGGACAGCAGCAAGGAUGCUGUCAAAGCAGGCACUGACAUGGUGGUAGACGAUCAGCAAGAUCCUGUGAGAGUGUACACUUAUAAGGAAGACGCCGUCCCUGUUAAACUGGGAACAGUGUGGCGACACACUCUAGAAAUUGAGAGCAAGGCAGGUGAUGGAAAUGGUCGACCAAGGGCACUGUCAGAAAGCAGUGGAGGUAGCUCAGACAGCGGUGCACAGGUUACGGGGUCAUGGUCGCCUAUUCAUGGCCAGUCCCCACGUAGAAAUCCUGACAUCCCGGUAUUGAAUAUUUCGCUGAUGACAUCUAACAUUCCUGAGGCCAAAAGCCAGAGGACAUCGUCACUGCAACAGUCAUGUGUAGAAAAACCUCAGCAUGCAGGCAGUGCUGGCGUUGAGCCAGAAUGUCUUUCAAGCAGCGUUCAGGAUAACAGAGGCCUUAGUUCAUCAUCCUUUAGAAAUGGAGAUGAGUCUUCAACGCAUGGCAAGGGAGUGAUGCCCCUUGGCUGGAGUUUCAAAACAGAAGCAGAAGACCAGAAAAAGUCUGUCUCAUCUUUGUCGCCUUCUACAUCGUCUGCACCAAGGAAGAACAAGGGCAACUUUGAUUCAGAAACUCUGGCACUCAUAAGGGAGAUAGGAUCAGCGUUUGUGGCAACUCCAACCACAGGAAAAUUUGAUGAUGGUGGUGGGGCAGCAAAGCUUGGUCUUGUGAGACAUCUUGUAAAAAACAUUGAAAAGGAGACCAACAUUGGCAAACGAGAGCGCAAAAUUGUGAUCAUCAGCAAAGACAGUGCACCAGGGCAGAAAGGUGUGAAAAGUGAAUCCCAAGAUUGUGUAAAGUCAUCUGGUCCAGAGCACCAGGAAAAGAGAGAUAGUCAAACAGAUAUGUCCCCUGAAAAACUUGUGAGAAGCUCUGGCAAGAGUAGUCCUGAGGUGUUAGGCCAGAGCAGUCCUCACAUAGAUGAGCACCCACCAUCAGUGGUUCGCCAUCUUCGCGGGAAAUUUGAAACCCGUUGUCAUGCAGGUGAUGGUGUAGACGACGAGACUUUAACAGGCACUGUGCCAAGUAUAGUCUCCAAUGUGUUUCAGCAGGGGGACAUCGUCUGUGAUAUACCAGUGGUGCUGCAAGAGCGCAAACAUGAUCCGAGCGGUCUCAUUAUGACCGGCAUAGCAAAAGCUAAGUCCUUUGAUGAGCAGUCUUUGGACUUUCUUGCUGGAGAUCUGCGUCUCCAGGGGAUGCAGCCAGUCAUGAGAGAUCAACCAGUGUCAUCCUGUACCAGCACUCAACCAUCUAGGAGACCAUGCUCUGCAAAUAAUAGCUCAGGUGAAGGAGGGCUGGCUCAUAGGUACAGUACUGGGGGAUGUACCACUUCGCAUUUCAAACAGCAUGAGGAAAGAGCCGAAGAUGAGAGAGGAGGGGAAGAAGUUUAUCCAGCAAAGAAACUCUAUGGUAAGAGUCAUCCACUUUCAAAACUCCAGCCAUAUCAAGGAGAUUGCACAGUCUCUCCAUCUCCUGGGUCUAGAUUCUACCCAACCAUGUGACUUGCAGCGCGAAGCCUAUUCUGUGUCCUCGCGGAGUCUGUAGCCUGGCUGAUGGAUGUGGUGGUGUUUGUUUCUUGUUAUGUGUUUGUCUGUGUACAAAAGUCUACACCGACAGUAACUGCUUGCACCUUUACUUAUGAUGGGCAUGUUAUUAAAAUACUGUGCCAUGUGUUGUACCAGUUCUGUUGCUUGGUGUGACAACGUAUUAUACUGCAGCCCUAGACAAUCAUAUUUGUUUAGUUGAAAAAAGUAGGCAUAGCAGAGCAUUUUCAGUCAUGUUUUGAUGACUACUUAUCUACUUUCUGGGCAGUUAGUAAAAUAACCAAGAACAAUAGAUUGUCACUGAUACAUGACUACAGGGAAGGUUUCUCUGCAUUAACCUAAACUUUUAAAUAGAUUUUGUUGUACAAAGCUGACUGGGGGUCAAAAAGCAUCAACAGAACUUCAUUGCCUUUGUCUGACAGAAACAGAACAGAAAUAAAUGCAUUUAACCUGUUUAUGGUAUGUCUGUUGCUCUGACAUUUUUCUGUGAAAUAAUGGUUUUGCACGAAAUCAUUUAUGAAAGCUGAUAAAAAGGACAGUGCCAGAAUGAAAGUGUUGCAUAAGUGUCAUUAUGAGUACUUUUUUCGAAGGGUGCAUGCAGGUGUGUGCAUACAUUUUUUCCCAUAAAGAUGGAGUGGUGUGUGUGUGAGAGAGAGAACAUGUAAAUUUAGGUCUGCCUACUGUGUGUUUAUGUGUGAUUCAUCACUACAUGAAUACAGUGAUCCAUGCUAGUAGCAUAUUUAUCUUACUAUGAAUCAUCAUGAUUGCAUAUCAUUUGUACACUAACCAGCUGUCUUGCUAUAGCCUUCAAUAUUAGCAAGUAGUGUAAAUGCCAUUCCCAGUUCAUAUCUGCUUAUUAAUCUUGAUGGCUGAUGGCUGAUUGGUCACCAAGCCCACAUUUUUCUUCAGUUCCUUUACAUCUUCUGCCGAUACUUGCUAUUUGUUUUCUGUUCAUUCAGUUUUCAUUUAAAUUCUUGCACUUUGAAGAUGCAUGCUAGUUUGAAUAUGAGCAGAUGCUUUAUAAUCUUUGACCUUUCUGGCAAUGAUAACCAUGCAAAAAAAAUAUUUACCAUAUCUAUAAAGAUCUUUUGAGAUGCCGAUCUGCUUAGCAAAGAAACUCAAAUUCUGUUUGUAGUGUGUUUUUUUGUGUGGCUGGUAUGGGAAUAUAAGUAUUUGCAGGUGGGAGACAAAACAAAAAUAAUGUAUAUUUCUCAGAAACAGAUUAUUAGACCACAUAUUGUCAUAGUUUCUGUGACUUUAAUACUUAACAUUGGUUAAAAUAAAAGCUUUUUUGCAACGGAUUACGGAUGCAAAAUUAAGUUUCAUAUGUAUGUGUAUAAUGUCAUGUACAAGUACCUUUUGGGAUUUGUAUUGUUUCACCUUGCAGAAAGUUUGCUUCCAGUGGUUUUAGAAAAGCGGUAACUUACAUGUUCAGCACUUUAUUGAGAAAUAUGUUUUUACAGACCUUUUUAUUAACAUUUACUAAUACGAAAUUUACUGGGUUUUUUAAAUUAGUUUAUUUUAUGAUUAAUGGAAAAAUUGUGAGUAGUUUAAAUUUGAAAACCUAACUGGUAAUCAGUUCUGCUAUUACAAAGUAGUUGUUGAGAACAUUAGAUUAUAAAAAUAGGCAAGAAAUUAUGUGUGACUCUCAAGUUGGGUUUGCUUUUCGUCAUUUAUUUUUUUUUUUUUUAAUGAGGCAAGGGCCGAGCAGUCCGCACGAGCACCCUUCAUUGAUGAGUAACAUACAAUGUCCAAAAGCAUGCUUAUAGACAGUUUGAUGAAUUCGCAAAGAAGCUUUUUAAAUAAUGAUGUUUUUUUAAAUAAGUGCAAACUAGACAAUGUAGUUUAUAACAUGCUGUUCUCGAGGGUUAUUUUAGAAAAGUUGUAAAAAAUAAAUAUUUUUAAUUUUUAAAAAUAAUUUUAACCUCUCUUUCAUUUUGCUUUCAAACUGUCCAAAACUUAGUUUCUUUUGCAAAAAAGGGGCAUUGACCUAGUUUUUUAGACAGUCACAACUGAAUACCUUCAUGCAUAUAUCAUCAGGUACAAGCCCAUUUUUUAUAUUGUCAGUAUACUGAUAGCAUUUUAAAAAGUACUUUUAUAUGACUGAUAUCUGUCUGUAUCUUUUAAGAAUAUCUUGUAAAUUCUUGUGAUACACCUGUUUGAUGCCAAGAUGGAACAGACCUUAAUAUUUGUCUAUAUGAUAUGUAUUUUUCUGGGUAAAUAUUUAAUGCUGCUACACAUCUUUCCCUAAAGUUCUUUGUGUAACUUUGUCAGUAUUAAAUAUAUAAAUACAUCAAGCAAAUCACAGCCAUGCUGUACUUUCAGUCUGUAUAAAUAAUAUGACAAGAGUACCAGAUUGUUUCAUAUCAUUCUUUUGUGCCACAAUCGUGUUCAUUGUUGUCAGUCAUAUCAUUUUGUUUGUCUAAAUCGUGCCAGAUGCUGUUGUAAUUUAUUGGAACUGCGACCCACUUUGCCAUCACUCCUUUCUGUGAUCACCAUCAUUCCUCUCCUACGCUGGCAUUUCAUGUUCAGGCCGGCCCCAGGAAUGCUGACUAGUUUGGGUUAGUUAUAUUGUACAGAAUGUUUGGGCCUUUUUUUUUUGACUGCUGUUAUAGUCUUUUACUGCAUUGUAUGCUGUUGCUGUAUAGGAAUAGAAGAAUCUUUUGUUAUUAUUGUUGUGGAAGGCAGUUCAGAUUUUCUUUGAAUUCCAAUUUGUUUUAGACAUAAGUAUGAGUUUUAUGAUGUAUAUUAGUGUUUUUGAAAACUGUCAAAAUGUUAGAACCUUAAAGUUAUCAUUGGGUACAAAUGCUACUUUUAAAAUAAUUUACUCUUCAAUAAAUUCUGCAUUUUCUGUGCUCAGAUCAACUAUGCAGCACUUUAUCAGGUCUCUUGCCUCCUCUCCUGUUUACUCACUGUGCAGGCUGUCACCAAAGGAACCUGUAACAGAAGCCAUGUUUUUGAUACUUUGUUUGGCCUUUUCACCUUUUUAAAAACUUGUGUUAAUUAUAUGUAGGUUGUGAGUUGUGAAUAUUUAGUAUAUCAAGGGAGUGGACCUCUGUUUUCUACCAUGCAUAUCCAUCAACACUCACACACGUUCAUCUGGGAUGGCUACUUAACAGCUUAUCUGGAAUGGGUGCCUUACUUUAUACUGUUCGAAUUUUAGUUAAAAAAACAAACUGUGGGACAUCUCUUGAAUUUGUAUGGAUGGCUGCCUUACAGUGUACAGAUUAAGGCUACAGAAAUACUGGGAGCAGUGAUUUUUAUCAACUGUAGAAUAAGUAAUCCCAGUCUCGUAUAAAAGCCAGAGGAAGUUCAUCUUGUUGAACCUGCAAUUACUAAUGGCUGGUGUAUGAAAUCAGCGUAGUCUUAUGGUCAUCUCACCUUGCCUUCUUUGGUAAGCCUUUUUACUUGAGCUGUAAGACAUAUCAGAUUUCUGUUGUGGAUUUUUGCAAACUGACCACACUGAACAGUCUUUUUCAUCUGGAACUGCCAUCGUCAAAACUUUUGUGUAACUUGCAUUACCAGCGUUGGUCCCAAACUGUCUUUGGUUGAUUGGUGUGAGAGUGAGGGAGAGAGUGUGUGUGCAUGUAGGUAUGUGCUUCGCAUUUAAGGAUGGGCAUCUAAUUGCAUUUUCUCCAUGCUGUUUGAGGAUUCCAUAUCUUUCCUCCAUAAACAUUUAAAAGCAAUUUCAACAUCUACAUGCAGUAACUAAUCUGUUGACUGCCCAAAAAACCUAUUUAACUUGAAUGUUUAAAUGUUCUGUGUGAAAGGGUGUGCGAGUGUGAAUGAGCAGUACUGUGUAACUGUGGGGGCUGUCUGGGCCAACUUGCUUACAAGAAUCUGUGAGGUUUGUGUAUAGGUUUUGCAGAAUUGAAACACAGACUUGUCAUUCCAUUACUUGUUCAUUUCCAAGCUGAAGUGAGUGGUUCUGUGAAAGGGACAUCACUGUUUUUUUUUGUUACAACAGCAUCAGAAUGCUCAUUUUCUUGGAACUGGAUCUCUUGCUGUAUUUGUUCUGUAUGUUCAUCAGUAUCCACAUUAUCCUCCCUUCUCUGUUUUGUCUUGCACAUUCUGAGUCAUGUGUGAUAUCUUACUCAUCUUGCACAUUAUGAGUCAUGUGUUAUAUGUUACUCACCUCGCACAAGUCGUGUGUUACAUCUUACUCAUCUCGCACAUUUUGAGUUAUGUGUUAUAUGUUACUCAUCUUGCAUGUUAUGAGUUAUGUGUUACAUUGUACUCAUCUUGCUAAUAGGUCCCAUCCUACUAGUAGAAAGGUAAAAACAUUUUAAAAAUUAACUGCUGACAGUAGUAGUGAUCAUAACCUUCCACUAUGCAGCUAUUUCUUUCAAAGCAGAGCCAGAUAUAUGUGAUACAACUUUUGUAAGACCUUAAGAGUGGAAAUGUGGGAGAGGGGGAGGCAAAAGUGGGAAGCAUUAUUUUAAUUUUUUACACUUGCUGCAGUAUUUUAGGACUACAGUUCCUUUAGUCCAUGUGCUCUUCAAAUGCAAGCGAGACAACUGUAGUUUUUUUAAUGUAAAAUUAUUUAUGCAUAAAGUCAAUCUUUUCUAUUGUGGGCAUUGGUAUCCCACAGGUCAUUGUCUCAUCUGGCUGCACUCCUACAUUGAGCUAAGCUUGUGGCGUUUGGUGAUAUUUCCUGUUCAAAUGUGCCUUUUACUUGCUUGGUUGCUUGGCAGCAGCAUUGCCGAAACUUGAUUUUGCAAGACUAAAGUCAGCCUGGGCAUUUAUCGCUGUUCCUCACCAUUUUUCUCAACAGAAUGUUUAUUUUAAUGCUUCUGACACCCAGGCUGAAACUGCUCAAACACUGUCAGCCUUUCUACUGGGUGUAAUUACAGACUUUCAGGUAUUGUUCAUUAGAAAGUGGGGAGGUUGAGCUUUUUAUGGUAAACAUUGAUUCCUUUGCCAAGGGCUUUAACAUGUUGAUUUUCCUAAAAGAUUUGUAUUGCCUUUUGUGAAGCUGAGUAUGAUUACUGCGACCAAAACAAAGGACCGAACGGUUCGACAGUCAGACAUCUUCAGACUCGCCAUGUAGUACAACAGUUUUAUUUGUAUGCACUUGAGGCCUCGGAGGUCUCGUUAACAGUAGAUUACACGAUUUGAACUCGGUUGUUGCAAACAUCCACGGACAAGGAUUGUCACUGGAGUGAUGAAGGAGGAAAAUCCAUCGACCCAGCACUUUUAUCGGUCAUCGCCUUUUGUACUAUUUUCCGAUGAUAACGAGGAUGAGAGCCUCGGUCAGCAUGCUCCGUGCCUUACCUACCUUUUGUACAAAUACCUUUUUGCAAGUUGGAAGAAGCCAGGUGAAGCUAAGCAAGGGUUAGAGACCAUCUCCAAGUGGCAGAGUUUAUCAUGUGUCGUUUUUUUUAAUCCGACUGUCAGCAAGAGCAGCUCUUGGUUGUCUGUCGGGGCGAGGUCAUGGGUCAUUUCGUUAGGAACAGAAAACUUUGCUUUUGCUGUGUGAGAGCGCGUGCGUGCUGCGAGCGACUGUGUGAAUGUUUCAGGUUUUAGCGCAUCAACGUGCGUGUUCGUACCCCGGUCAGACAAGUAUUUUUAUCGUGUACUUAGUGUAGUGUAUUACGAGGCAUGGUGCUUUGUGUGUAGAUGUAACAAACAUUUUAAGUGCAAUUGCUAUUGUAGAUAAUAAAACCACAUUUCUAUA